CAAUGGCAAGCAAGGAUAAGGAUGGUGAAGGAUAGAGAAGAAGAGAAAAAUUAAGCAGAGCAAAAGGAGAUGGCGGGUUCAAGAGUUCGUCUUUAUUACUUAUUAUUUGUAUUCUUAUGUGGAACCCUUGUAGCCCAUCAACCACUUGUAGUCAUCCUCGGUCUCUUAAGAACCACAUUCCCUUAUUUAUCUUUGGGGAUUCAUUAUUUGAUGUUGGCAAUAACAACUACCUCAAAGGUGCUAUUGGCCUCGCCAAUUUCUGGCCGUACGGACAAACCUUCUUCAAGCAUCCUACUGGGAGGUUUUCCGAUGGUCGAUUAAUUUCAGAUUUUAUUGCUGAGUAUUUAAAGUUGCCUCUAAUCCCGCCAUAUCUCCAGCCUGGUAAUCAUCAAUUUACAGAUGGAACCAACUUUGCUUCAGGCGGAGCUGGUGCUUUAGUGGAAACCCAUCAAGGAAAUGAAGGAAGGGUAAUAGACCUAAAACACAGGCUCUUUAUUUGAAGAAUUGUAAAAGGAAAAAUAAAGCAGCAAAUAAGGUGAUG